AUGCUUAAGAGGGCCAUUAGUUAUGUCUGGAAUGCUGAGAAGACGCAAGUCUCUCGUUCUAUGGACUAUGAAAGGUGGUCGAAAACACAAUUAAUAGAGAAAAUCAGAGAGUUAGAGUCCAGAAACGAAAAAGAGACAGGCACUACAAGCACUAGUAACGAUAAUAGUGAAAACAAAGAUACUAAGACUGGCGAGAACAAAAAUAAGCGUAUAAGUAAAAAUAAGCCUAAGGAAUUUGAUUUUUCAAAAUAUAACAAACGUUUUAUUGCAUUAAGAUUUGCAUAUGUAGGAUGGGACUACAAUGGUUUGAAUUUCCAGUACGAACCAACACCAUUACCUACUGUUGAAGAAGAAAUAUUGAAAGCCUUGACUAAAUCCAAGUUGAUAACACAAGUAGACCCGGCGUGUUGCAAUUUUAGUCGUUGUGGUAGAACUGAUAAAGGUGUGAGUGCUAUGAAUCAAGUGAUUUCUUUGGAUGUUAGAUCAAAUUUGACUCCAGAAGACCAGGCUUCCAGUGAAAAUGAUGACAAGGAGUUGCCCUACCUUGCUAUAUUAAAUUCUUUGUUGCCCACUGAUAUUCGGAUCACCGCUGUUUGCUUGAGACCACCACCGAAGUUUGAUGCCCGCUUCAGUUGUUCUUACAGACAUUACCGUUACCUCUUUAGAAAGUAUGACUUAGACUUAGAAUUGAUGCAAGAAGGUGCUAAAAGAUAUGAAGGGCUACAUGAUUUUAGAAAUUUCUGUAAAAUAGAUGGAUCUAAACAAAUAACUAAUUAUAAGAGAGAAGUUCUUAGUGCAAAUAUAAUUCAUCUCCGAGAUGAUUUCUACAUGUUUGACUUAAAAGGUAAUGCUUUCUUAUGGCAUCAAGUUCGCUGUAUGAUGGCAGUCCUAUUUUCUAUAGGUCAGAAAUUGGAAUCCCCCUCUAUUAUCAAUGAUUUGGUUGAUGUUGAAAAAUUCCCAGGUAAACCGUCAUUUGAAAUGGCUAAUGAUGUGCCACUUGUGUUAUAUGAUUGUGUGUUCCCAAAAAUGGAGUGGUUGGAUAUUCAAGACUUUAAGAAUAACACCGGAAAGAUCUUUAAAGAUAAUGCAAAUAUGAGAGGGUUGGUCUUCGACUACGACGUAAAGGCGCAUAUAGUAGAAAUGUUACAAAGCUUCUCUAGUCAGGAUACCACCAAUUUGAAGUCAUUACCUGGUUCAGGGCAUAUAAAUGUUGGAGAUGGUGUUGGCCGUAAUUUCAGAAAGUAUGUACCAAUAGCUAAGAGAGAAGUGGCAGAGACAUUCGAGCUGGUCAAUGCUAGAUAUAACGAAAAAAAGAAGCGUAAGCUUCAGCAAGCUACUGAGUAA